UAAUAGUAUUUAAAUAAACAUUUGAUUCAAUGGUCUAAAUAGUGUUUACUAUAAAUAACGAUAUGAUUAUCUGUUUUGUUGACACCACUGGUGAUGGUAUACCACAUGAUUGUCAUCUGUUAGUCGCGUGAAGAUUGAAAACACAAUACAAACAAACUGUUGGAUGGCUUUGUUAGACAAACAGAUCGACACAAUGAAAUCACUUAAACAUUACCGACGGGGAGACGUUAUUAUGACUGUUAGGCCACUGGUUUAUGUGGUGGCCGACCAAAUGAAGGGCCGAAUUUGUGACUAUUGUCUAACAGCUCGACCAUCGCUGAUGUCAUGCAGUGAUUGUGAGCAACAAUUAUAUUGCAAUCAGAUCUGUCAACACAACGAUUGGGAUUAUCAUAGACUUGAAUGUCCGACACUAGCCUAUAGUCCAACCAUUAAAUCGGCCGAAAAAUUGAUGAUUCGCUUAUGGCUUGCAAUACAAGACAAUCGCGAUAUAGUUGACAAACAGUAUCCACUGCCUAACGGACAAUAUUUAUCACUUAACGACCUUAAAGUGAACAAUGACUUCGACAAAGACUUGUUUCUCUUUGGAUCGGAUGAGACACAACUUAAUGAGAUUUUAAGUGAAGUCAUCGAAGCAGUGAGUGAUGAAGACUUAGAUGAAAACAUUUCUAUGAAAGAUAAAGCUUUGAUUCAAUUCAAGUCAUUAGUCGAGACAUUCAAUGAAUGUAAAAUACAUUUUGAUUUGUAUACUCUUUGGCAACUAUUUCUCAAAGUCUGGAGCAAUGUCUUGACUAUAGAUGUGUUAGACUUUGAUAAUGAAGAGUGUGCUUAUGGUCUGUUCAUUGAAUCCGCUUCAUUGAACCACUCGUGCGAACCGAACGCUUGUUACGUGAGUUAUGGUACACGUCUUCAGGUGCGAGCAAUCAAACCGAUUAAACCAAACGAUGAAAUAUUUAUUUCUUACAUUGAUUUGGCAAAUGAUACUUCGGUUCGACAAAAAAUGCUUAAAUCUUUUCACGUUAUAUGCGAUUGUCUUAAGUGUCGGAACAACACUAGUGACUCAAAUAUAGAUUACAGUUUGUUUCACAAACUAAACAACGAUUUUGGUCACAAGUUUUUUACUCUUAUGAAUGUAAAGAAUGGAUUGACAUCCAGUAUAGCGGAGUUGAUAUCCAUUGCCGAUGAGUUAGUGCCUUAUUAUGACAAUAUUUUUCCAGAUUUUUAUCCACAAAAAAGUUUAUAUUUAGUAAAAUACUUAAAACUGAUACUUUUGAAUGUGAUUGAGACCAAAACUGCGGCCAUUAAUCGAGAAUUUGUUGCAUUUGUUUUGAAAAACGUAAGCAUCACUCACGGUGUCGACCACAAGAUCUACCGUAAAGUGUGUGUCGUCCGUCACAUAACACUUCUAGACUUGGAGUCGGACACCGACCAUAUGCUGCAAACUCUUAAGUCGAAACCAAUUUCGGCGCUCAAGAAGUACACUAUAUAUUCUAUAAUACUUGUUAUUUUAUGCUUUAUUUUUUACAAUAACUUUGAUUUAAUAUAUCAACAUUUUUUCCUUUAGUCUACGGUAUAUAUAGCACAUAGUUUUUAGUCAUAUAUACUGUGUAUAUAUAUAAAUUUUAUGCUGUGGUAAACAAAUUAUAACUAAAACGAUAUAGAAAUCAACAAAUUAUUGAUUGAUUGCUCAUUAAUUGCAU